AUGCAAGAGGAAAGUGCAGUGAUCGCGGACUUUACGUGUGCGGUGUGCGAUAAGGCGGAUUCGGUAGAUUCGUUAUUGCAGUGCGAUUUUUGCGAUAAAUGGUACCAUUACGAGUGUGCGCACGUGGAUAAAACGGUAGAGACGAGGGCAUGGUGGUGUGCGGAGUGCGAAGUGAAGACCAAACUAGCGAGCGGCAAGAAAGACGACGAGAUAGCGCGCUUGAAGAGAGAGAUGGAGGCUCUUAAAGCCACGACGGAGAAAGCGUUAGCUUUGAUACGGGAGAAGGAUGCGGAAGUAGCUCGGCUCAGUAAGAGCAGCGAGCGAACCUCGUUUUCGCCCGGGGAAUCGCUUCCUUGCUCAACGGCUAAACGGAUUUCGGUCAACGAAGAAGGUGACCUGAGCCAAAGCCAAAUAGCAGCCCGUCAAGCAGUGCGCUAUGAACUCCCUUCAUUCAAUGGGAAUCCCGAGGAAUGGCCGAUAUUUCUGUCUAACUUUCGAAGAUCGUUUGGGUUUACCGAAGACGAAAAUAUCCUUCGAUUGCAAGGAGCGUUACGGGGAAAAGCACUACGAACGGUGCAAGGCCGUCUCCGGCACGCUGACAAUCUGGAGGAAAUAUUGAGCGCGCUUGAAAAAUCAUACGGGCGACCGGAUGUGUUAGUGAAUACGUUGCUCGAACAAAUUCGCGAAUCACCGCCGAUUAAGUCUGAGCGACUCGAUAGUUUUAUCGAAUACGGCGAUUUAGUUGCUGAAAUAUGUUCAACUAUAAAGGCAAGCGGAACUUCUGACAGAUUGUACGAUGCAGCGCUGCUUCAAGAGCUGGUGGACCGUAUGCCGGCAUAUCUGCGCUGGAGCUGGGGCAUGCAUAGUCAGGAGCUAAAAAGUGUGACGAUGAGCGAGUUCGGUGCCUGGAUUCAGAAGGCGACGGAUGGAGCAAUGGCGGUAACUCCUCCGCAGCUGAAGAAGAAGACGACAACGCGACAAGUGCAUGCGCAACACGUGGAGACGCAUCAGCCCCAGCCCAAUAGGCAUCGAGAGUGCGCGUUGUGUAACAGUGAUACGUGCGGUACGAUCGCGGUGUGUCGGGUGUUUAACCGGUUAAGCGUUGCUGAUAGGUGGGACAAGGUGCGCACCUUGAAGUUGUGCAAACGAUGUUUGGGCAAGCACUACGGCCCGUGCUCGAAGCGUGACGACUGUGGUGUCCAAGGAUGCGUCGCUAAGCAUCACCGGAAGUUGCAUCGUGUCACCAGCGAGGAACGCGUGGAGAUAAAUCAUCAUGGAACGCGCUCCGAUGGUACAUUGCUGCGUUACGUGCCGGUAAAGCUGCACGGUGAGAGUGGUCCAAUUUUCACGCAUGCGCUGUUAGACGAGGGGUCGACGGUGACGUUGAUGGAGCAGGAGCUCGCCAGGCAACUUGGGGUUAGCGGCGUUCUUGACCCGUUGUGUUUGCAGUACAGUGCGGGAGAGCGACGCGAUGAACGUGAUUCGGAAAGGGUAGCGGUGCAAGUAUCCAGUGCUGAAGAAAAUGCAUCCGCAUUUUCGAUGGCCGACGUGCGUACAGUCAGCCGGUUAUCGCUCCCUAUCCAAUCGGUCGAUGUGAACGAGUUGAAGCGGAAAUAUAAGCAUUUGCAGGCGAUUCCAGCUGCCUCGUAUGAGGCUGUUUCUCCUCGUUUACUAAUCGGUAUCGACCAUUACAGAUUGACCAGACCUUUGAAAACUAUAGAAGGACAGCCAGGACAACCUACAGCUACGAAGACGCGUUUGGGAUGGCUCAUUUUUGGCAAAUGCACGGAUAACGCUAACGACACAUCCAUUGUGCAGCCGGAGUCUAGCUACCACGUAUGCGAUUGCCAAGGAGAGACCUCACGGGCAGAUCGUAUGAUGGCAGCGUACUUCGAAGUGGAAGGUUAUGGUCCUGCGAAGGAGCCUUUGUUGUCGAAGGAGGAUCAACGUGCGAUGUCGAUUCUGCAAAACAACACAAAACACGUCGACGGGCGGUACACCACGGGCUUACUCUGGCGGAGCGACAACGUUUUCAUGCCGGAAAACCGUCAAAUGGCUCUAUCUAGGAUGGAGUGUCUGGAGCGUAAGAUGAGCCGAGAUACGAGCCUUGCGGAGAAAAUUAACGAGAUACUAGAGGACUACUUGGAAAAGGGCUAUGCCAGACCGAUAAGAGAGGAUGAGCUGAAAACCUUCUACCCUAGGAAAUGGUAUCUUCCAGUGUUUCCAGUGACAAAUCCUAACAAGCCUAAUAAAGUUACCGCGACGAAAUCCAGCGGGCUGAAACGGUAA